CCAACCAUGAUUGGAUAAAGCAACUUUUUUUAGAGUCGUGUGGCGCACACCAGCUUUCUUUCCUGGUCACAACCGAAAAGCCCAGUCCGUCCGCACCAAGCAAGGCGCUGACCGACCCCCUUCGCCCCAAGACUCCCCCAGACCAGAUCAGCAAUAUGGGCACUCGUGUAUACGUGGGCGGACUUCCGCGCGACGCUACUUCGCGCGAGAUCCAGGACGGCUUCAGCCGCUACGGUCACGUGUCCAACAUUUGGGUGGCGCGCAACCCGCCCGGUUUCGCUUUCGUGGUGAGUUGAGCUGCUUCUUCCCUCUCGGCGCGGGACCUCUCUCGCAUGAUGGCGCGCAUUUUAUCCCUCUUCCUCUCUCUACUCCUCCCCCUCUUCCCGCCUCAUCUGCGUCGGUACAGCGGCAUCGAUGUGCGUCCAAGCAGUCUGAGGGUGACGGUCUGUUGGUGACAAUGUGUGUAUUAGUUGUGUGUUUGUGUGCUAUACAUGUGUGUUUACAUGUUGACUGUUGCCAUCUUGACCGUCGCCGCCGAGUCUUCAGCUUGAUGAUGGUGGUUUCGCCUUCCCAUCUCCGUGUAAGAUGACGUCGACGUCUUCGUCGCCUGCUGCUACUGCUGUGGGUAACCUAAAACCGUCUUCGGUGCUUCCUUCCACCGCUGGAGUGAGAGAUAGAGAAGAGCGUCGAUCGCCACACGACGUGCCAUCAUGCUGCGCUUCGCGUCGCCUUCAUCCCGCGCCUUCAUCUGCAUCAUCAUCUUCUGUUCCCGAUCCGAACCAUACCAACCAACGCCUCUCCAACGUCGUCCUCCCCAUAUGCUACCCCUCCCACCUCUUCUAGGACUUCGAAGACCCGCGUGACGCUGAUGAUGCUAUUCGCUCCAUGGACGGCCGCGACUUCUUGGGUGGACGCAUUCGUGUUGAGCUCGCUCGUGGUGGCAGCCGUCGCGAUGGCGGUGGCGGUGGCCGUCGUGGAGAUGAUGACCGCUACGGCCGUGGUGGUGACCGUUUCGAGCGUGGUCGCAACCCGCCCCAGCGUACCGAAUACCGCGUGCGUGUGACGGACCUACCGCGUGAUGUGGACUGGCGUAACGUGAAGGACUUCCUCCGCACGGGUGGCGAAGUCACCUACUGCAACAUCGAGGCUGAUGGCUCGGCUAUCGCUGAGUUCCAGACCAAGGAGGACAUGGAGGACGCCGUUAAGAAGCUGGACGAUACCGAGUUCCGCGGAAGCUACGUGCGUGUUGCGCCUGAGGGAGACUCGAGCCGUCGCUCUCGCUCUCGCUCCCCUGCUCGUGGCCGUUCGCCGAGCCGUCGCUCGCGUUCACGCUCGCCUGCUGCCCGUAAGGACUCCCCGCGCCGUUCGCGCUCCAGAUCAGCCUCGCCGGCUGCUGGUCGCUCGCCCACUCGCAAGAACUCGGCUUAAGUUGGUGUCGAAAGAAGGCUCGAGGCCUGCUAAAGUCAGCACCGAGAGCCAAGAGGAUCUUUGCUUUCUCACAUGUGCAAUGGUUGACAGGCUAAACAUAUUUUGUUGCCCCACGUCAAAAGAACAAGCACAUUAAUACGGUGGCAAUAGAUUCCUGUCUUAUCACUUUUUACGCAUGCUCUAGUGUCUGCUACUACUACUUUAUUGAAUUGCAUUUUGUCACUGAAGUAUCAAUGACAUUUCAUUGAUACUUCAAGUACUGUGGAUUCCUGCUGCGUAUCCAAAAGGGCACAAUUUAAGCGUG